GUGUAGCGCUUUGUAAGAUUAAUAUUUGAUAUAUAGUGUAACAAGGACCCAUGAGCUGUUAUUAGUGUUGACAGUGAAGGCAGGAGAGGCGAGGAAGAUGAAAUGUGGGUUGCCCGCUGCCUCGGGCCUGUCUAGCGAGUGGUGGGUGGAAGCCUGUGAAUCACUCUCUAAAUGAGGACCUGCCCAGUGUUGCACAUGUUUAAUGAUCGUUUGUAUAAGUUCCACCCAGAGUUUAGGCCUUCCCAGCUCAAACGUAGUGAAUCCAUUAUGGCUGAGGGCAAGUGGUAGUUCCUGUCUUGCCGUCCGUUACCUGGUUUUCACCUCGAGUGGUUGCAUAUUUAUGUAUCGAAAAGGCUUCCUUCUAUGGAAGUGUCGAGUGUCAAUGAACUAUUGUCGGGUAAGAAAUGUGAGCACCUGUUUAAAGUGGCCUAUUCAUGACCACACCUGCUUAAAGUGCCAUUUUUGUUUGGCCACAGCUGCAUCAUGUUGCCUCCGUGGCCACACCUACAUAUAGCCAUACCUAUGUAUUUUGGUCAUGGCUACAUCAUUUGGCUUCUUUAUAUGGCCACAUUUGCAUAAAGUGGCAUCAUAUGGGUUCUUAUUUAGGCCACAUCUACAUGUGGCCACUCACCUGCAUCAAGUGGCCUCUUCAUGUAGCCACAUCUUCAUCAAUUGGCUUCUUCAUGUAGCUAAACCUGUAUCAGUCAUCCUCUUCAUAUAACUACAACUGCAUUAAGUGGCCUCUUCAUGCAGUCACACCUACAUCAAUUGACCUCUUCUGUAGCCACACCUAAAAUAAACUGCCUCUGUGCAGCCACACCUGCAUCAAACUUCUUAUUCAUGCAGUCACACCUGCAUCAAAUGGCUUUAUGUAGCCAUACCUGCAUCAAGUGGCUUCUUCAUGAAGCCAAACCUGCAUUAAAGAGCCUUUUCAUAUGGCAGACUAAAAUAUGUGAUACCUAAUUAAGCAUACUAUUUAGAAACUGCUACUUUUGUUAUUUUUUGUCCUUAAGUAACUCUUUACAUUGCUGUUGUCAUGUUGUGGGUGUUGAAAACUGCUUUAAGCUCAAACUGAAAGUGUAAGUAUAUUGGGUGGGCAUACACAUGUCCACACUAUCAUUACCCCAUUUCCCUCUUUCAUGGAGUGGGGAGGUAUUGUAUAUUGACAUUAUAAAAUAGAAUUUCUAUGUAGCUCUUAUCAUUUUUUUAUGUAUAUGGUAUAUAAGUACUGUAAUACUCUGCAGUAUGGUACUAUAAGUACAUAAAAAGUCAUACAUAUAUAAUUCAUAGUUUUGAGUAUUGUAUCAUAAUGAUUGUUCAAUUAGCAUAAGUUAGAUCUAGGAAGAACAGAAUUCUACAACACAACAUAUGUAUGAAUUAUUUUCUUUUUGUUAAUGCCAAAACUUAUUCUGUACUGUAUAUACAAAGGCAUAUUGGUAUAAAAUGGUAAAAUCCAGCUUUUAAAGCUAUUGCACACUUAGAGGGUAAAAAUAAAUGAUAUUUCAGUUAAAGUUGUAGCUAUCUAACUGAUAACAUUAUGUACUGUAUUGUAUUUGGAAAUAUGACGAGGCAGUAUGAGGGCGAAGUAACAGUUCAGCUUUAAGGUGCGCGUGAGGUGGAGGGGGUUUGUUUACCUCUUGCAGUUCUCUCUCCCGACUACCUGUGCUUCACUCUUUUCCACUCCCCCUCACUUUCCUCUUGACACAGGUGGCCCAGACGUGCUUGCACAUUGAAGAAGGAAAGAAAUAUGGGGACCAUCAGAUGGACAGAGAAUGGACAUACCGCCCCCCUGUGCUAGUAGGGGAGCGGGUAGUUUGGCUUGGAGAGUUGGCACGACUUGGGGCAGAGGAGCCUUGUGAACAUAGUCCCCACCAUGGUACAGUCAGUUGGAUUGGCAAAAUUCCAGAGAUGGGCAAUCACUGGACUGUUGGAGUGGAAUUCGAUUCUGAUAUGGUCAAUGGCUGUGAUGGUUCCUGGAAUGGUCGCCAUUUAUUUACUUGUCCAAAUUUUCGAGGCCUUUUCCUACCUGUAUUAUCACUUAUUAAAGAAAAGGAUUAUAAUGAUGGUAAACACACAACUCUUUCUGGGACUUCAAGUCAGACAAGGACAACUUCCUCCUUCACACCAAUAUCAUCAUCAUCAUUGAGCUCAAACAAACCUCUGGCAACCUUCGACUUGAGUUUGGCACCAGAGCCCCCACCACCCAAGACAAGAGCACCUAUACCUUCCGUUGACAUCACGAGUAGAAAAAUAUUGAAGCAAAGUGGAUAUGAAGUAAUUCAUCCUGGGAGCUCGGGCAUCGGCGGCAGCAAGACGACGAAGCAACAUCACACCCACCUGCAUGACCAGAGCAUAAACUCCAUUUCUGUCAUAACUUCUUCCAUAUAUUCACCCUCUACAAUUGCUACAACCACAGCCACCAACACCACAGUAUAUGCUUCUACUGGCUACUCCUGCACGAGCAAAAGUAAGAAGGAAGUGCUAGCUGCAAAGCUUGUACAAAAAGGGGCUCAGGACAUGUCUCAGGAAAACAAACAUGACAGUGAUGAUGAGGACUAUAAGAUGAUGGCAAGUGAUUGUGUGAAGAGUGGUAGACUAGGUGGCCCAGGGAGAGGGGGUACUGAUGAGGACUGGUAUGAUGGCUUGGCUUAUUUUGGAGAAACGAUGGUUAGAAAAUCUACACUGGUGUCCGAAGGCAAAUUAAAUGAUACUUCAGGAGCGUUAGGGCAGAACCGACAACCCAGUGUAUCAACUCCAUCAAGUCCAACACUUAAUGAUUACCAAAGACACCACGGGAAAAAGCUUAGUUCUUCAAGUGCAUCCACGACAGCAAGCGAUAUAUCUAAGUACAUGAGUUCUCCUGGGCGGUACUCCAUGGGUGAUAGACACUUUCCGCUUAAGAGAGAGAAAACAUCUGGUUUUCUAAAUAUAUUUCGCUGGUUUAUUAAUCGGGACAAGAAGAAAAGAUCUACAUCAGUGGACCGCAUGAGCAAUGCAAGUGCAGGCAGUGUCAACAGUCUGUCUAGCUCUGCCAGUGGUUUUGCUCAUGUUCCCAUCAUGAGAAGUAAAAGUGCUGACACACACAAAAAGAUGUCUUCAAAAAAACAGCCUCAAUUUGGAAUUACCCGACAAUACAAACUAUUUACAAGGGUCUCUUCACUUGAACAUAACUCAGAGACCUGUCAUGAGGAGGGAGACAGGAGACAAUCAUUAGUAAGUGCCUCAGAUACGUUGUCGAUGCCUGGGUCUCGAGGGACAACACUGAGUCGAAAAAAGAGGGCAGCGCCCCAACCACCUGGAUCACCAAAGACAAGUGAUUCUGAAUCACUAAGGUCACAGAAAAGCUGUACCAGUCUUCCAGCAAGGGAAACAAGACCCAGCAUAGCCUUGGAACAAGACUUACCAAGUGUAAAUUGUCAGGUGCCAGAAGGUAGGAAGCUCCAGAAAUCAAAGAGUGAAGGUUUGAUAUAUACUAGAGUCAAGAGAAGAGCUCCACUGCCACCUGGGCAGACAACUGUAGAGGCAGUUACUAUAAAUUAUAGUAAAGAUAAUACAUCAACACUCGCCAGAGAUUGCCAAACGAAGCACCAGGUACCUAGUGUUGUUCUUGAGAAAAGUGAUCGACCAGUAAGCUCUGUUUCCUCCGGAAGUUGUCUCUCUCAGUCUCCAUCCUCAGCUUCUACUACAUUAAAGUCACAGAGCAGCAGUAUUGCCUCCAGCAGUCAGUAUUCUGGCGAGUCCAUCAGACUGGAGAGUGGCUUUCUCAGGCAGGACAUCACCAAGUCUUCCUCCAGCCCUGCCAUACCUGAUACUGGCAAACUGACUCUUUCUCCACGUCCCUGGUAUAAACGGAAAAAAAGUAAAGAUAAGGAGUGUAAUAAAGAUUCAAGAGCAGUUAAUAAGAAAGAAAAAGCUUAUGAUAGCUGGAUGCCUGAUAUUCAGUUUUCACGAAGUAAACUCAGUUUAAGUGGGACUUUUAGGAAAAGUAAAAGCUUUGACAGUGAUGCAGGUACACUGAAGAAAUCAAAGGAUGAUGAUAGAAAGGAAAAACGUAAAUCUCAAGUAUCAUUAUUGGCUAAUAUAAGUGAGCUGGACCGAGCUGCCUCAGAGCAAAUGCAGAGGGAAUUAGAGCAACGUAGGGCACAGAAGAAGACCUAUGACAGCAAGUUUUAUAAGUCUAGUGAACCUCACAUUCUGACUCAGACAGAUUUCAUGCCAAGAACUAGAAAUGAAAGCAAAAGUGAAAUGUUUGAUACAAGUACUUUGAGUUCUGAAACAGUGGGCUCGUUAGACAAUGGCAGAGCAGAUACUGAACAUGCAUUUCCAAAUCACAUAAAUGGUAUUUACGAUAACUUUGGUGACUCUGGGCCAGAUCUAACUCUUCCACAAAGCUACUCAAAACAGGCAACACUUAGAAUUGAUGAAAAAGAAAGUACCUUCCAUCAUUCCACUGAAAAUAAUCCAAAUGUGUCUGAUCCUGCACUGCUUGAUUUAUCCAGUGCAUCUCAAGAAUCAAAUUCUCUUAAGACAAAAAUUGCCACCACACAUCUUAGUUAUUCUCCACAUGUUCAAGAAGCCACGGUCACAUUAGAUCCUACCCAGCCUCCCUCUCGGGAAUCACCAAUGCAAAGAGCAACAUUUGAUGCAGAAUUGUUUUACCGGCUCGCUAAGGAUACCCAAAUCCCUAAUGAGCCAAAAAAUAGAAAUUCACCAAUACUUGCUGGGGUCAGAGAGAACAAGAAAAUGGUAUCAUAUGAGGAAUUAAGUGAAGAAGAAAUAGAGGAUGAUUUACCUGUUGGUAGUGAACCUCUGAUCCAGUUUCGGAGAUUGAACAAAAAUUUUGGUCUUCGUAUGAAUAACUUUUUCUCACCAGAUGUUUCCACUAUCAUAGAGGCAUCCGAGUCUAUGACAUCAAGUGCUACGACUCCAGCAGAUGAUAUUUAUGAAGACCUUCCUGUACCUUCAUCUGUUAACGGGAGGGGAAGAAGGGAAUCUGUCCAUGAUGAGAUUAACAGUGAUGCUAACUAUGAGUUCCGUCUUAGUUCGACAGAUGCUCGGGAGAUCAUGCAAGAGUUAGCAGAUGUUAGACAAGAAAUUCAAAAGAUCAAUAAUGAAGAAGAGGAAGCAGCAAAAAAUAGAGAUAAGAGAAAAGCAGAUAAGAUUCGUGAUGAGGUCCUCUUAUUGAGGGACAGAAAUAGUUUUGAGAUUUGGCAAAAUGCGACAGAACAUGAAGGAGCUAGAAAUGUGGAUGUGGCCCCACCACCUCCUAUUGACCUAAACGAAGGAAUAGAGCGCAAGUUGAAGUGGGUAUGUGAGGUGUGUACUCUGAUCAAUCUGCCAUGGAGACUUCAGUGUGAGGCAUGUAUGAUGCGUAGACCUGCCAACCCCAAGCGAGUGGACGAGGAUGGGAAGUCCUUCACCUCAGAUCACAUUAGUUCACAUCCAAGUAUCUCUGAUGAAAGUCCUGUGACGGUUAUCCAUGAUGAAGGUAACCCAGAAGGUUUUAAAGAAGCUUUAGGGGGCACUGAUAUAGUACCAGACACUGGUCAGUCUCCUGAUGGGGAUCAAAAGUCUUCCCGAGACAAAAAAAAGAAGGAUAUUAACUGGGAGAGAGAGUUGCAGAAAUAUUUCAAAACAUUUGAUGAGCAUGUCAAAGGCACUGUUGGUGAUAUGAAAGAUUGUUCCACUUUAAAUUCAGAAACCAUUAAGCCCACAGAAAUUAGUGUUUCUGAAGCUGAAGAACCAUAUGGAAAAAUUAUAACAAGUUUGAGGAAUGAAUGUGGGGCUACAGCAGUUUGUACAUCCCAAGAAGUAAAAGUCAGAGGCAAGGGUGCAAAGCCAAAGACAAUAUUCUUUGGUACUGCUUCAGGUCCUCCUGACACAUAUAUUCAGAGCUUGAAUUCAUUACAGACUGACAAUGAGUUGAAAACUUUAGAAUUUACUGUUAAAGAAGCACACACCAGUGAAGGGUUAAACAAAGAACCUGAUAUGGAACAGUUGAGAAAAGUGAGGAUAGCAAAAUUCCAAGAAAACAGCCAUGCUGACAAUGAAAUUAACCACAGUGAAGCAUGCACAUUAGAGAAUCAUCAUGAAAAAAGAAAUAAAAAAAAACACGGAGACAAAAAAAAAAAAAUUAAACCAAACAAAACUGAGCUGGAAGAUGAUAAGAUAAAUGAGUUAAAUAGUAUUAGUGCUGCAAGUUUGCCGACAGAACCAGAAUUGAUUGUCAGAGAAAGUGAAUCUCAGCAUGAAGAAGAAACUUCUUUUUACAGCAAACAUUUCCGUAAACCACAAGUCUUAAAGCCAAGUGGUGCUGUGCGUAAUGUAGUUAGCAUUUUUAAUCAGUUUGAACAAUUGCAACAAGCCAAAAAAGAAAAGCCACGAGUAACUCGCAGAAGGUCAUUUGGUAAUAUCAUAGGAAGAACACAAAUUUUCGAGCAAUUGAAUUCUGAAACCAGCAGUCCAGAAUUACUGAGAUCACAGAAUGAGACCAGAGAUGGCACCAGACAACAAUUUAAAUCUGAUGUCCCAAGGGACACAGAAGUAUUUUCUGCCAUUGCUAAAUUUGAUGAAAUGGCUGCCAUAGCAGAGUUAGAAAAAAUCGAAAAACAGAGAAUGAGGAAAGAAGCAGCAAAGAAAAAACCUCGGUUUAUAGCAGUGUCCAGAGCAUCCUCAUUGCAAACAAGCAAGAAUGUUUUUAACAACACCACUGCCAGCCAAGCUACUAUUUCCAUCAGCAGCACUAACCCAACACCAGUUUUGCAAUCAAACCUUCAUCCUAACCUUAAUAAUGAACCAACAUCUAGGAAACCUCCUAUUGAUCCUAAAUUGAGUUCCCAUUCAAUGGAUCUCUCUGAGGGAAUCAUCAAAGGAGGAGUGCUUUAUACGGAACAACGCAAACGCUCCAUGUCCAUAGGAUCAGGAACUUUUGAGUUAAUCCAAGCUAAAGAUUUUGAGACAAUAGAGGCACAGCACAGUGAAUGUUCACCAACCACUGAAAGCCGAAGCAUCACCAGUCCCGUCACCCCUUCACCAAAUGGUGAGAGUUUGAGCAUCAUCAGUACUACCAGCCUCUCAACAGCUACUGAGAGUCAAAGCAUCACCCAGUCACCAAUUCCACCAAGAGAAAUGGCGUUUCCUUUGAUGCCAGAGAUUAUUAUUGAGCCCUCCAUAUCCCUAACAUCCUUUUCUGAUAACACCAGAGAGACGGUGCCAGAGGUGGGGGUUGUGCUUGGGAAUCAUGGCCAGGUGGAAAAGAAAGAAGUCGAGAGACUGAGUCGCCAGCUCACAGAGGCUGAUGGCAUUGCAACAUUUAAAGGACAUGAUCACUUCCCCAAGGAAGGAAGGAUGGUACUGGAUGUCAAAUAUCUCCUCGUCUUUCCUGCAACCUUGCGAGCUGAGGAGCCAACAUUAGGACAGAUCAAUACGCUCAACAUCAACCGACUUCUAAAACGUCUUGAGGGUUCCAUUGCUCGUGGUAACCAUGCAGAGGCUGCACGGCUUGCCCAUGAACUGGCUGAGCUGAGGGUGUCCUGCUCUGUUACACGCAAUCCUAGAAAUAAAUCAAGCGAUGAGGUCACCGUGCCAACAUUCCCUGACAACCUUGCUAAUCCCAUGAUGCUUUCCAAGGCUGAAUUAAUUAAUUCAAAUGGAAGUCUAGACAUACCCAGGACUCAAACUCCUACUAGUAAUAUGUCAGAAUGCUUUUAUGAUGCUACAGAUGUUAUAGAAAAUGAAGAAACAGAGAUAAGUGAGUACAAUCAAUUAGAUAAUUGUGCUCAGUUAAAUAAUUUUAAACACAAUGUCUAUCAGAUACAAACACCUGAAACAGAAGUUGCUUUAAAUUAUCCAACUUCAAAAGCAGUAAUAGUUACUAAUUCUGCAGUUCACUCUCCAGCAUCUCUCCUAACAUCAACUUCUGACCACACUCGGAAUAAUACCCAAACAGGAACAGCCACUGGAGAAGUUAAUACAAGUGGUGAAAGCCUAGAAGAUAUCAUGAACACUAGUUGUUUACAUGCAACCAAACGAGACACACGAGUAGACCCAGCAAGACGUGAAGUUAAAUCUGAUACUAUAAGCAAAUUACCUGAUGGACCUCCAAUGUAUAUGAAAGAUCUUGAUAAAGCAGUGCUUCCUUUCAAUGUCAAGAUGUAUGUGGAGGACAAGAACAGCCAUCAAGGACCUAUAACAUUCACCGUUACAUCAUCCAUGACCGUAGGGGAAUUGCGAAAGAAGGUCUGUCAUGACUUUGGAUUCCCACCAGAGGUUCAGAGAUGGAUCCUGGGAAGACGCUUGGCAGAUGAUGACAAUCAAACCUUGGAGCACCACAAGGUAACCACAGAAGGCUGUCCAAUUUUCCUUUACUUAGUAGCACCUGAUUCUGAGCCAAAGGCUCAGGCACAGAAACCGUCUGAAAAGGCUGUCACGUCUAGAGGCAGUGGUGUUAAAUUACCUGAAAACCGAUAUGCAGACGUAAGAACUGCGAACGAGAAUGAACAUCCAAGGUACUUACAAGCCUUUGAUGAAGAAGGAAAUGUAGAAUAUAGGUUUUAUAAUCCAGAUACAGAUAAAUAUGAAGUUAGUGUUGAUGUAGAUGACAGUGAUAUUAGUGGUGACGAUGAUAAUAGUGAUGAAGAUACGUUAGAGGAAGAAGAGGAAUAUUAUGAGAAUGUGACUCUCAGUAAAACAGAGAAAGAUAAUAAUCAACUUACAUACAAUUCAUCUCCAAGUAGUAAAAUUAAUUUACAUCAAAAUGUAAAUAAAAUAUAUAGAUCAGUAUCUUUACAAUCACGGGAGGAAAAUUAUUCAUUGCCCCCUCCUUUAAAUGAAUCUCGUAGGGCCAAUAAUACCAUUAGUGUUUCUAGUCAAAAUAGUAAUCCUAUUAUAAAUUCUAAUGCAAUAUCUACUAGUCAAACUAAUUAUGCAACAACUGUUGAAAAUGAUAAUACUCACAGCCAAAGUAGUCUACAGGGGCACAGUCAAGAAAGUUAUAGACGGUCACUUCAGUCAGUUAAGAGACAAGUGUCUGAUCCUGUUCUAAGCUUGAACCAAGAGAAAGAACAUCAUGAGACUGUGCCUAAUGGUGAACAACUUGAACAAAUUCAACAAACAAAACAACUACACCCACAACAACAGAGGCAGCAGGAUCAACAGUUGACAUUGCAACAACAGUCCCCAUCUAAUCAGCAUGUAAUAUCUCCAGAAUCCAAAGAGUCAAUCCCAGCUCAAAACACACAAGAACACAUUCUAUGUUUACCACAUAAUAAUAGUGGUUCACAAAAGUUUGAUUUGCCAAAACCUACCCAGGAACCUCAUAACAGAGACAGUAAAUCACAGUCACAUCCACUGAAGUAUUCACCUAAGCAGCAAAAGACUUUCCCACCUCCAACUCAUAUCCUGGAAGCACCGACACAAGUGCAACAUCAGCUACCCCAAUCAAAACAAUCUCAGCAGCAUUCAUCAAAACUACAGCUUCCACCAUCUCAGUCACAACAAUGCUCAACACAACCAUCACAGAAUAAUUCAAACGAGUUAUUAGAACAGGCGACAUCCCAGCCACUACAUCAUCAGCCGUACCAGCUUCAAAUAUCCCAGCCAUCACAGCAACACACUUCUGAAUCACCACAGACGGUAGAACAGCCUCAGCAGCAGCCUCUGCAGCUACAGCACAGUCAACCAUUGCAACUUGCACUUCAGACACAAUCUCAUCAGAAAUCAAGAAAACCAGAGCAUGAAACACCCCAGCAACAAAGAUGUCUUAGGGAUAAAGAUCCAGUUACUCAUCAGUUAUCUGAGCAACAAGUGGAUUUGGCAGAAGAUCCUUCACCCACUAAGAUCCAUGGAUGGGUGUGUCCAAGGUGCACGCUAGUCAACAUGUGGACAAGGCCUGGGUGUGAAGCUUGCGCCACUGAACGCCCUGGCACAGGUUAUCAACAAGCUACUGGGACCUCUGACAAAAUGCCUGGGUUAGGUGCAGUGAUGUCUGCACUUGAACGCCAAGGCUGUGUACCCAACCCAGAUCCAUUUGAGUGUCGUGUCUGCUUUAUGGACAUCAAAAUAAGUGAAGGUGUGGUACUGCGAGAUUGUCUCCACACCUUUUGCAGGGAGUGCCUGGCCAAUGCCAUUAAAUAUUCUGACACUGCUGAUGUGAAGUGUCCAUACAGAGACAACCAGUACUCCUGUGACUCUUCUCUGCAGGACAGAGAAAUCAAAGCUCUGGUAACACCACAGGAGUAUGACAAGCAUCUAACCAAGUCUGUUAAGCAAGCAGAGGGAACCAUGCAAAACGUGUUUCACUGUAAGACUCCUGACUGCCCUGGCUUCUGUCAGUUUGAGGAUAAUGUCAACUUAUUUCAUUGUGAUGUCUGCAAGAAGGUCAGCUGCCUUACAUGCCAGGCACAACAUGAAGGCAUCACAUGUCAAGAAUACCAAGAUGAUCUUGCACAGAAAGUGGAUGAGGCUGCAAUGAAGACCAAAAAAUUCUUUGAUGAUAUGAUUCGUCGUGGAGAUGGGUUGCCAUGCCCCAAGUGCUCUGUCAUGUUAGUAAGAAAAUGGGGUUGUGACUGGAUGCGAUGUCCAAUGUGUCGAACAGAAAUCUGCUGGGUGACCAGAGGGCCACGGUGGGGUCCUGGAGGACCAGGAGAUGUGUCUGGAGGUUGCAAGUGUGGCAUUCGGGGUCAAAAAUGUCACCCAAAAUGUACCUACUGCCAUUAAUGUGUAUAUUGCCAUAACGUGUGCAAUAGUUAAACAACUUCUAUGGAACAGGAUUAUUUUCACUUUCUGUACUCUUUACCAUGCAUAGAUAAUUUAACUUCCAGACAAAAGAUCCUUAAAAUUGAUCUGUACUAAGACUAAAGAAUUUUGUUAUAAUCUGAGUAAUUAUAUUUACUGUAAUUGUAUUUAUACAUUUUAUAUUAUUUCAGUACAGUAUUAACAAAUAAUUUAUGUAAUUUUACUCAUUAAUUCACUAAGCAGAUCAUGUGAUGCUGAGGUUGAUUCUCGCACAUUUGCAAGUGGAUAAGCAUAUAAUUUUCAUUGCAUAGUGCUUUUUGACCAAAGAUCUAAUAUUUAUUUUAU